UACCCCCCCCCCCCCCGCCGCCUCCUAGCCUAGCUUAGCAUCGGCUAGCCGCCAUCCUGCCGUUGACACCCUCAGCACUAACAGAGGCGACGACGUGAUGGAAAUUGACUCGAUUCAAGAGGCGCUCAUAGAUUUUGACAAGAAAUCUAAAAAGGAACCAUCCCCUGUUCUGGAGGAGUUCCUGUGCCAUGUUGCCAAAACUGGACAGACCAUGGUCCAGUGGUCUCAGUUCAAAAGCUACUUCCUGUUCAAGCUGGAGACGGUGAUGGACGACUUCAGAGCGUCGGCGCCCGAACAGAGAGGCGCCGCCAACCCCAACGUGGAGUCUGUUCCAUUCGAAGACAUGAAGGAGAGGAUCCUGAAGAUUGUGGACGGCUACAACGGGAUCCCGUUCACCAUCCAGCGGCUGUGCGAGCUCCUCACGGAACCCAAGAGGAACUACACGGGAACAGACAAAUUUCUGCGGGGGGUGGAGAAGAACGUGAUGGUGGUGAGCUGCGUCCAUCCAACAUCAGAGAAGAACGGCAGCACUUCUGUGAGCCGGAUGAACGGGGUGAUGGUUCCCGGGACCACGUCUGCUUUCACAGAGAGGAAAGUGAACGGUCCGGGAACGCCGCGGCCGCUCUGCAGACCAAAGGUGUCCCUCGCCAACACAGUAGCAGCUAACGGUCUGCCAGACAGCACAGACAACAAAGACCUCAGCACAGAGCAGGAGGGCAGCAGAGACGGCAGUGGGGCCUCGCCUUCAGACGGCUCCCCGGAGAGCGCCGUGAAGAACAAACACUUGGACGACGAAGAAGAGGAGGAGGAGGAGGACAUGGAGGCUGAACACCAGGAGGUAAAGAGACUCAAGUUCAGCAAGGAAGAAGACGAUGAGGAGGAGGAGGAGGAGGAAGAGGAGGAGGAGGAGACGGACGCGCCAAGGCCUUCGGAGAGCUCCUGCACUUCCCAGGAGGCAGAAGCCAUGGUCCAGUUGAAGGACGGGCACAGACAGGAUAGCGAAGCCUCCAGCUCUGCAGCCGCGUCCGAGGACCAGGAACCAUCCAGCAGCACGCCGGCAGAGAUGAGCGCGAGCUCGGCUGAGGAAGAGCGGGCCGAGCGGGAGGUUCCCUGCGGCUCCGAGGAAGAGGCCAGCGACAUGGAUCAGACGGAGCAGCAGGCUCCAGCAGGAGAACCGGCACCCCACAGGGACGCGGGGGAGGGCAGCAGCGAUCCGGUCAGCAGCAGCAGCAGCAGCAGCUCCGAGGAGGCUGCAGAGGCGGCCACAGCUCCCUCCAGCAGUACCCCCGAACCUCCAACAGAGGGCUCCACGAGCAGCUCUAUCUCUGACACUGGGACCACUGAGGAGCCGAUGGAGCAGGACUAGACUGAGCCUUCGCCCCCCCCCUUUCCUCGUGCUGCCGUGUACGACCACAAACCAGCUCGUCCUCCAACCCCGCUUUACUGUCACUGCGGACGACGGGAGGAGCACCUCAAGGCGCGCACGUCGGCCCCCUUCUGGACACUCCCAUGUUCUACCUGAGCUCACCUUUGCAUUUCCUCCCCGUUCAGUGAGUGCGCUUCUUUUCUUUCAGGUGAAGUGACGGCCUCCACACACAAACUUUGUUCAUAGAACGCGUUCAAACCCGCGGAGGAUCUCCUCCUGUUUCUGUCAGCCGUGUUCUUUGCAAUAAUACACUACCCCUGAAAUCAGACCAGUCAGCCUUUCUCCAUAAUUUAUGAUCAUCUCUUUUGUUCAGACAGUUGUAGUUUCCGAAACCAGCCGUACGUACAAAGACAAGCGUUUUCCUUGGAUGGUGAUGUCAUCGCGUGCGUCCAUCUCUAGCCGCAGACCCUGGAUCCGGUUCUACAGCCAUUUCUGCAGUUGUACUUUUUGAUAUUUAGGAUUUUCAAUUUCUGUAAAGUAGAUUUUUGUAGAUUGUAAUACGGUAUGUGUUCACUGCCUUUGUGAAAGCAUAUAUAAUUGUAUAAUUUCUGUGUAUACUCUGAAUGCUUCAAUGCGGGAUUCAGAAACGGCAAUAAAUGUUAACAUUUUUAUCA